GUAGUGGUGUGUAUUCCAUCAGAUUUAAAAUGCCAAUAUCACAUCGUCAAAAUAUCUUAGAAUAGAAUUAGAGCACAUAAGAGCCUAAUCAAACAUUGAUACAACAUAUAUAUACGUAUACAUAUAUAUACUUCUGUUACAGCAACCAAUUUAGUCCAACAAAUCUUCGUGAUUGAUGUAGAUUCUUAACAUGUCUUUCUUGUCGUUUGUGGUAUCUUCACUAUGACUAAUAAGAGAAAACAGACUUGAUUUUAAUUGUACUGAUAAAUCGAUGCCCAUACUUUGCUAAAUCUGACAGCUGGAUACUUCCUUUAUUUUUAAGUGGCCGAAAUGGAACAGAAGAAAGUGACGGAAAACAGAAAGCGUAAAGAAACUGAACUCCAGGAUACAUUGCAGACACUGAGCAAGGAGAAAAAAGAACUUCUGCAGCUUUGCAUGGACAGAGGGAAAAUUAUUCAGGACAGGCAAAGAGAUAUUCAGGAACUUGAGGACAAAUUAAGAAAAGCCAAAAAAGCAUGUAAAGAUGCUGAAGAAAGAUUUAAUUACGAUGCUACAAUGGUAAACACAAAUCUCAAAAUCAAGGGAUUACAACUGCACCUUAACAGAUCUGAGCAAGCUAUACUGACCUGAAAAAGGAAUUUGAAGCCUUUAAGAAACAUAGCAUUGACCUACUAACAACAGAACAAGAACUGAAUGCCGCA